GUUUGUUUUGAUCGUCCGGCGCGCAUGCGUGGUCGCCAGGCGACAGUGACCGCCGGCCGGCCGCCAGCCGCCACUUGCCAACGGAGGCUCGAGCGACGCGCGCCUCAAUCGAACCGUGCGCGAAAAUCGUGCUAAAUUUAUCGCGCGGGAAAGCAUGGCCGACCGCCCCGUUUCGAGCAACGAACACGAGUGCACUUCGGGUUUUUCCGGGCGAGGUCGCGCAGGGCGGGCGGCGCGCGCCGAUCCCCCAGGCACCCUGCCCCGCAAUACAACUUAAACCACUCACAUAACAGCACGCUUAAACUGCAUAAUAAUAAAACUAGAAUUAAAAUAAUAAUUCACUGAAAUACUGUCCCCGUUUGUGUGAUGUACGUGAUACAAUGCGUUCAGGCGCUGUAGACGUUUGGGACUCUGAAAUGAACCAGCUGACUCGGCGCGUCACAACAGAUUAAACUCGGAACAAGAAAGAGGGAGAAGACAAAUAAUACUUACAAUGACAGUGGUGACGAAUCCUGCCCGGACGGGGUCUGACGACGAGAUCGAAUCGGGCCGCGACAGCGCCGCCGGUGACAGCUCCUGCAUCGAAUCUGAAAACGAAAACGCUCGCCUGUAUGACGACGAGAAGCAAAGCGACAUCGUGUUUGUCGCCGGCAUCAAUGGCGACACCUGGCGCUACCCCGGCCAUCGACGGGUCCUCGCCGCCACCAGUCCAGUCUUCGCGGCCCUGCUGGCCUGCAAAACGGAUGUUAUCGUUGUCGACUACAUCGACCGCCGCGGCUUCGAACAACUCCUCCGUUACCACUACUGCGAGCCAACACAGCUCAACUCUGUGGCGACCGCCCGGUGCGCCCUCGACGCCGCUUACAAGUUCCUGUGUCCACCGCUAGCCGAGCGAUGUGCUCGCCGAUUAGACGAGAUGCUGGAUGCCGGUGUAGCUCUAGAAAUAUUGCGGGACUUGCGCUAUCUCUGCGCGCGUCUCCCUGGUGCUGCCUCGGCCCCUCCUUUGCCGGCUCUUACGGAUGACGCAGCCGCGCGUUCUCUUGCACAGUGCUCGCGAUGGUGCGAUUCCUUAGCGCACAACGCGUUGCUGGUGCUCGACGAAAACGCAAAUGCAGCUUUAACCGACGAGCGCCUCGAAGAACUAACGUAUGAAGAUCUCGCUUUGAUAGUAAAGCGCGACACGCUUCGCGUAUCAAACGAGUUAGUCUUGGCUGAGGCGCUCUCCCGAUGGGCUACGGCCGCCUGCAAACGAACUAAACGCGAGCUCAUGCCGAGUAACAAGCGGGCAGCGCUAGGCGAGCUAGCUUAUUGUCCGCGAUAUUUGCUGCUGCAGGGUGAAGACUUGGACCGUGUUCUCGCCUUGGAACUGUUGGAGCCUAUGGAGAGAGCUUUAGUGUUGGCUCGGGCACGCAAGCUAUCGGCCCCAGUACCCGUGGGCGCAGAGCAGGAGGGACUGCUACGGCGGUGGGCGCGGCCGCGUCCGGCGGAGCCCGCCGCGCUGCCCGUGCACUUGAGCCCGCGUUCCCAGCCGGUGCCCGAAGAUCCCCAGCCUAGCAAGCUCUGCGCGCGGCGACCUAAGCGACCAAAGCAACCGAGCUUUGCACCGGAGGAGAAACGCAAGAAACGCGGCUGCUGCGCCUGCUUCGGCGAAGGCCUUCUCCGGGCGUUCAUAUGCCUUUUUGAUUAAAAUGGCAAAAAAAUUCAAAUAAAUGUAAUGUUGCGUUAUCGAUGGUGUGGACAGAAGUGAACUAAGGUGUUAUGUUAUGAGUGACAUUUUCUUCAAUCCUGACGAAACUUGGCUAACACAGUUCACGUAUUACGGAAGUUAAUGGAAAUGUUGGAAAAAAUGAGAUAUAUCGAGUCAAUAUUCUUAUGAUAUUUAUGAUAGACAAUGUGGAAAAGACUUCGUCGAAGGACUCGUCUGUUUUUGUAUUUUUUUACGAACUGGAAUAAUCUUAAUUUGUAGUUAAAUUUUCUGAACUCCUAUACAGUAAAAUUUAAUAACGGAGGAGUUUAUCAACUGCAUGUAUACCAUAUGAAUUGUUUCUUGCGGUUUUGUUUAGUAAAUGCUUUAGGUCGGAAUGCAAUGCUUAGGUCACAAGUUGGCAACUGAAAGUUGUUUGUUUUAUAUCAUAGUUGAGUCGAUAACGUACUCCCGAUCGUGUAGGUAGACGCAAUUGUUUAACGAAAAAAUAUACGAUCGGUGUCGCGGCCCAGCCGCAGUAAGUAGAUAAUGUCUACAUUUAGCACUUUAUGUACUUAAUAUGUGGUAGAUACUUUUGUGUAUUUAAUGUUGUGAUAUCUAUCUGUUACCUAAAUCAAUUAUAUUAUACAUAAUUUUUUUAACGUUACCAAAUUGUAUUCAGUUAGGUGCUUAUAUAUCCAAUUGUAAAACAAUUUGCAUUUAAGAGCCUAUUGGAAUUAUAUGAGAAGAUUUGGUGCACAAACGCUAUAUUACUUAGUUUUGUAAGUACAUUGUUUUUGUUAGCUUAAUUUAAAUUAAUUUUGUUGCAUUUAUCAACAAAAUUGUAUAAGUUAUGAAGCUUUUAAAAAGUACCUCUGAAUUAUUUAGUAUUGAAUUGUAAGUAGGAGAUUACUUCCAUAAUUUAAUUAUGCUUAAUGUGCUCCCUAGUCAUUUUUAGGCACACUUAUACUUUAAGUACCUAAAAUAUUAUUUUGAACAAGUUAUAAUUGCGGACAGAGGUAACAAAGAAUUUUACAGUAGAUAUGGUGCUACUUUUUCGCACUAGUGCGUAAAGAGCACUUUUCGUGCAUAUAUCGAAAGUUUAAAG